AUGAACGCACCAGAUCGGUACGAGGCAAUUCUCCUCGCCCCCGGCGAGAACAAGAUCGACGUCGAGGUCGAUACUCGCAUGCCAUCCGCUGCUAUCUUCACCUUUCACAAGGAAGACCACACCCUUGCCAACAUGAUCCGUACUCGCCUCCUCCGCACCCCCCACGUCACCUUCGCCGCCUACCGGGUUCCUCACCCCCUGACUCCCAACUUCCAGUUGCGUUGCCAGACCGAUGGCGAGAUCACCCCUCGCCAGGCCGUUAUCAACGCCUGCCAGGCCCUGAUCAAGGACCUCGGUAUCCUCUCCCGCGAGUUCACCAAGGAGUAUGAGCUGCGCAAGAUGGCCAACGCUGCCAACCAGCAGCAAAACAUCGGCGAAUAA